CAAUAAAUAAAAUUUAUAUAAGUAUUAGAUUUGUGCGUCUACACAUGAAAUAUAUUUAUCGGAAAACGUGUGAUCGAUGAAAAAACAAACAAAAAAAGGUUGUACAGAUCAUACAGGCCUAUAUCAGAUUAGAAGAAGGGGUUGCAUUGGAAAUACCGCAGUUUGCCAGUGCAUAUUUGGAUUAAACAGAAAUAAGUGGUCCUCCAUUCAGUCCAUCCAUCUUUCUGAAUCAGCCUGCUUCGACAGUGGACAAUGGUGCAUGCCAUCAUCUGACAGAGUCUGGUUACGUAGCUCACUCUGACGCACAUCGCGAGUCGUGCUGGGCCGUUUCUGCGCGAGGAAUCCCACCGCUCGCGCCACCUUCCCAGAUCACGUGGUGUUUUCCACACCGGCCAGUAGGUGUGUCCUAAAGCACCGAGUUUCAUUCAUAACUACGUCUCGCUUUGGGAUGGAAAUCAAACCGCUCUGUGAAGGACCGUGCUAGUGGCGCGAGCUGUAACCUGCUCCUACAUGGACCGCAAUAAUCACAAAUAGGAAGUGCAGAAGACCCCGGUUGGGACCAUGAGCGAUGAGCUGCCUCGGUUGACCAGCCUCAUGGAGAAUACCACAGAUGUGCCGGUGGUGUCGGGCAGGCAGGAUAACUAUGUCCUGCUGGUGAUGAUGUGUGUGUUCGCUGGCGGAACUCUGCUUCUGCUCACCCUCCUCCUCGUCUUCUGUCACCGCUGCUGUCAGCGCGGACGCCGCUAUUCCAGAGCCAGCGAUGACCUGGAGAAAACUAACACGACGUAUGUGGAGGAGAGCCAGCCUGGAAUGGCAGACAUCGCCGUCAGGCUGGACAGCAGCGACGUGCAUUCCGCCCCCAGUCGCCACAGCGACGGUGACACGGAGCGCUUUCAGGCGUCGGCGUACACAGGCCGCCGCGUCUCCUUCAACGAGACUGCUAUCUACGAGCAUAGCAAAAAGAGCCAGGAGAAAGGGCGAAGGUACACUCUCACGGAGGGCGACUUCCACCACCUGAAGAAGGCUCGUCUGACACAGCUGCACAUCUCUUCUCCAGCCACGAACAUCCUGACCAUUAUGGAGUGCGACUCCCCAGAGAACAGCGUCAUCCUGCGAGAGCAGCUGCAACAUAAUCCCUCCCUCUCCAUAUUUCAGCCUGCCGAGAGUGCUCUGCCCGAGUCCCCGGUGUCCUGGAACAGCCAGAGCCCGAGUGGUGGUCUGCCAGGAGACACGUUGAACUCCGUACUGGAUAGCGACUUUGCUAUCUGCUCUGCUGAACAUGGUUCUGAACCACCUCGAUCAAGGACGAUUGAGGCGAUGGGAGGUUCUGCUCCAAGGACAGAGACUGAUCCUUGCUCCUCCCUGACAGUAGGAGCAGGUGUAGUAGCUGGAGGAGGGGGUGGAGCAGAAGGAGGCUCCACCUCAGGGCAGGGCACCGUGCUGCACUUCCUGUCCCGGCUGAGACGGCACGCCAGUCUAGAGGGAGCCAGCCCUUACUUCACCAUCAAGAAGUGGAAGUUCGACAGCAGCCACAGAGCAGCAAGUCUGGACAUGAGAGGUUCUCCACGAAGGCGAGCCUUUCAGAGGCAGAGGGCAGCGAGCGAGACUCUGGACCAGGGAGAGGAGUUCCAGCUACCUGGAGGAAACGGAGGCAGGGACUUCCUGUUAUGCGCCCUGCACCCCCAGCCGCAAGCAGACACCCCCAGACGACUCUCAGCAGGUUCUCUGGAACCACCCACCACAGGCUGUGUGCCACGGGCCCCAUUCGCACCCCCACCGCCUCUCAGCAGGCUAGUGGUGAAGGCUAAGAGUCCGACGCAAGCAGCCCACAAUUUCCCAGAAUCCACUGGGCCUCGGGGAGGGGAAGAGGCAGAGGAGGAUGGGGAGCUCACAGAGGGAGCGACCGGAGGAGAAGGCACUAGCACCCAGCGGGGUACAGAGUUUGGCUUGGUAAGCAGACAAGAGAGCCUGGAACAGCCAAGCCUGUACCGGGACAUCUGGAGCCUGCGUGCCUCGCUGGAGCAGUACGCCUCCUCAGACCUGAGCAGCAACGACAGGGACUCGACCCGCAGCGACGCUGACAGCAUCUGCUCACUAGGGGGAGCCGGCGCCUCCAGAACCGGUGUGCCUAGCUACCAGUCGCAGGACAUUGAUGAUGAAGUGGAUGGCGACGGCGAACUGCCGUACGACGACAUGAGAAGGGAGUUGGGUGGUAGACGGAAUGGCAGGGACAGCGUGGAUUCUGAGAAGGGCAGCGACAGUGAGUCGGGGAGUCGGAAGCUUCUGCAAAUGGACAGUGGCUACGCCUCUAUCGAGGCUCCGUGCAGGGCUCCAGAGGAGCUGAGGCUGUUUGGAAGCUCUUCAGGAAAGACGGCGUCGGAGAAGCGCCGCUUCUUUACGAGCACGGGCCGGAAGGAGACAGUGUGCGAGAGUUUCGAGACUCGCCUGUUCAAAGAGGAGAUGGAGGGCGAGGCGUCGGUGAACAGCACUGGCGUGGAAUUGGAGGGAACCGGAAACAAGCCCUACGGGGGGCUGCGCACCUCAUCCAGAGAUGACGAGGAAGCGCAACCACAAGCCAAAGCUCGCUCGGGCUUCCGUCGGCGGGAUUACAGCAUCGACGAGAAGACGGAGGCGCUGUUUAACGAGUUCCUGCGCCACGAUCCCCAGUUUGACCAGCAGGGGUCACCCUCACUACGGCAUCGGCACCGCUCGCGGAUCCACUUACGCAAGCAGUGGCAGCGCGCCAAGCAGUACAGUGACCCCGGAGCGGCGCGCUACUCACCUUCCCUGGAGAGACAGCGCAGCUACGUGCUGCGGAGGGGAGACAGCGCCAAUUACCCGCUGGACACACGCUUCCACAGCACCCUGCCACGGAUUGCUAGUGCUGCAGACGAGGAGGCCAGUGAGGGCGGAGCCAGUGAGGGCGGGGCCAGUGAGGUCACCGGCAGUACCACUGAUUCACCCAGGGCCCAAGAUGCCUGUCCAGGGCCAGAGGAUAACACCAACAACAGCAGCAACAACAGCACACCUGCACUUAAGUUGACAGAGGAGGCUCAUGCCACCCUGCUCGUUUCUAGCACCCUGAAACACUCUGGGUUCCCGGAAGACCACAGAAGUGCAGAACAUCUUAUGGAGGCUCACAGAGGGUCACAGAUGGUGGUCACAGACACCGUUCCCCUAAAGACAGGUAGCGGGGAAUGGUGCAUGUUUACAGACGCCGUCAUUGAACUUCCAGAAAAUGUGCAACGUCACAUGGACGAAGACCCUACGGACACCAGACCUUCAGACAAACUGGCAAGCAGUCUGGACGAACGGCUCUACACCAGCCUGAGGAGGACUCGGGGUGGCCAGGAACACGUAGUGGCCGUGACCCACAUCUCGCCAGAUCUCAACGAGGACUAAGAGCAUGUUGAGCAGCGAUAGCUCUGACUGGCUGGGGACAUGAGUGGAUGGCUUCCAUCAGGAGGACAUCUCAGAGUAUGGGAGAGUGGAAUCACAUGAGCGUGCAAGUCGGAGGUGUAACGGCUGGGCCAUUCCACCAUAACCUCAGCUUUCCUCAGAUAAAUAAUGCAUGUGUGUUAUACUGACAGCCCCUCUGUUCCCUUAUGCAGGGCUGACUGAGUGGGCUGCAAUUUCAAACUAGGGAAAUGUAGUAGAAAAAGAACAAAAAGAAAAAAAAAAAAAAGUCAAACAUCUGCAGAUAACAUUGAAAAGGUUAUUUAAAAUAUUUUCUCAAAGAGGUCAAAUGUUAGCACACCUUGCAAAGUGCGCUGUGAAAUAAUGUAAGGUAGAUUGAUUGGGGAAAAUUUUGCAAGUAUCUUUGCAUUAAGUAAUAACCACAGAAGUCACACUGCACUUUUGUUAAGUACUACAUUUGGUAAGGAAUUGUGUCACACCUUAAACCCUUCUCAUAAGAGUUUUUGGAUAAGUAAGAAGUUAGUAGUUUCUCAGUGACUCGGUUAUGAUUGAAAAAAGACAAAUUAUGAAUCACCAAAUUCCCCGUUAUGAAUACUCCUUACCUAUCAGACCGAUAUUCCAUCAGUAGUGUUGAAAAAAAUCCUUAAACCUCUUUUCUCAUCCUUGUCUGGGAUUGGAAUAAUUCUCUGGGUGGAUAUGGAGCUCGGUGUCUCAUAAAUCCAGUUUCUUCAGAGAACAGGCCGCUAACGGUGUCUCCGUCGUCAUCUGCUUUCGCCUUGGCGAUGUAAACGGAGAACAGCCUCGUGUUGGUGUCAGUAGCGCGUUCAGAAUGUGGCGGGAAGGAAAGUGACAGCAGCGCUGCACUUCUGAUCCAGGGGAGUUGACUCGGCUGGUCCAUGUGAUUAAUUCCCUUGUUCUCAUUUUUCGUCUCCUUGUCUGUAUGAUAGGGAAACCAUGCCGUGAUCCAUACCGGGAGGUAACCGUAUCCGAAACAUUUGAAGGAUCUGAACAAGUCAAAGUCACUUUUCGAUUUUAUAUCUUAAUGUUAUUUAUUGAUUGUUUUGGUCAUCAUUUCUGUAUUGAUUGAUGUGAUUUCAUUUUUCAGAUGUGUAAAAUGUUGUUUUUUGGGGUUUUUUGGUCAUAUGUUCUAUGAAAAGCACUACCAGGAGCCAGCACACCACAGCUGAGUGAAUGGGCAUGUAACUCAGUGGCCCUGAGGGAUGGAACACUGUGAUAUUGAUUGUCUGAGUCAAGUUAAAUCAUCAAACGCCAUCCAUUUUAGGGUUCACAUAAAAUCGUAAAUAUGGCACAUUUAGUAAGAACCAAAACUGCUUAUAAAGGUCACACGAAAUCCUUUUUUCAGAUACUGCCUGUCAGCAGCACUGCCAACAUGCCCAGUCCUUCAUCCGUUGCCAGGCAGUGUAGAACGCCAUCCGUAUUACUGACUCAACUGGAUACAGAAACAAAAAAAGCUUCCAUUUAUGAUGCAUCUAUUUUUGUUGGUUUUCCAGACCAAAUGUUUUCUGACCAGUAUCGAAGUGCCACUUGUGUUGUUGUGCAAUCCUUGUGCACCAUAGUAUGGCAGAGGUAGCCAUAUGUCCACUACAAGGGAGGACUGAAUUUGCUGUUUAUAACAAACACCUGAAUAUGUCGAGUACAUUUCAGACAAGUUCAUAGACUGAGCACGAGUCCUUGUGGAUGUACACGCGCCAGUCACUGAUUGAUAACCUCCCCAGAUCUCGUUAGCCUCUUGGAGCUUUUUUGAUCUCAGAUUACACAUUGAUGAAUGCAGGGAUGUAUGGCCUUAAACAGCAGAAUGCCAGAGAUGUGUCUUUUACUGUGUAACUCUUAAAUAAUGCAGUGGUAGCAAUUUCAAUCAUUAAGUGGGCCUAAAAUUACACCAAUUAUGUAAUAAUUCAUAAGGUGCUCACAAGCUCACAAGAUUAGGCCUACACCGUUCAUCCCAAUGAGACGUGGAGUUUAAAAAGAUUUGAAUUUCUGCUACAUAAUCAGUGAGCAAAAGCGCAGCAUCCUAGCCAGAAAUCAGAUGUGUGUGAAAGGCGUCACCGUCGAGAUGGCUAAAGCGGCUAACGCUGUGCCAACGGAAAUAAAUAUGGAAAGCCGACUUCUGACCACUUUGGCUUUCCAUAAAUAAAACAACGUGACUGCUGUACGCAGCUCUCACUAGUGAAAAGCCCUCCAUGGCGGACAGCGCAGCUUCUCGGCCAGAGAAAGGACCCCGCUUUUGCCGAGCGAACACAUGCGACUCGAGCCCCUUGCAUUUCGGCUUUUGAUUUCCUAAUUUCUCAUUCUGAGCAGAAACCCAAAGGCGGAGGUUAAAUUCAUUUGCGGCGGCCUACUACCUUACAGGUGCGACCACGCCAAACGUGAUCUUAGAGCCUUUAGGACAGUAAGGGUUUAUGAUGUUCAAGAUUUGUUACAGAUGCGUUUUGUUGUAAUCAUAUUGUGGUGUUCAUUGACAAUCAUUCAACUGCUACUUUACCAUUUAGUACAGCUUCCUAUAACUGUCAUCCCAUGCCAGGAUUUUCGGAUAUUUGAAGCAAUAGUCUACCAUUUCUGUCAUUAAUGUACGCCUCUGCGUUUCUUCCAUCUAAUGGGAUGGGACAUUUGCACAUCGUGUCUGUACUAACGUUGAUUUAAACUCUGUAAACCUGAGUUUACAGCUGUGGCUGAUGUGUGCAGCCACUGGCCGACUGAUUUCACUGCGCUGCGCACUUCUGCAUGUGAAGAGAAAUAACGACGUGGAAAUGUCGCUUCCCCGCGGCUCCGGUGCUAUUCAUAGCAUUCGAGUCAAAAUGAGUGAUUAAGCUUUGGUACUUCACUGUUCAGCGGUUAGUUUUGAAUCCGAUGUCUCCAGUCUAAAUGCCCUCGCUGUCUUGUAUGUAAAGCUGGCAUGUCACUUUAUAAAACUGGGCUUUUUCCAAGGACAAAACGACCCAAAUGAUGUACAUUUUUACUGAUUUUUUUUU